CGUCUCUUUAUCAUCGCAGGCUCAUUUCCCUCAUUUAGAGUAUAUGUCAAACUUUUACGAACGUCGAUAUUUAUACUAUAUUUUGUAGCCCAUAAACGAUAAAGAAACUUGAGAUCCAAGUAUGUCAGCUCCCAAGAAAUAUGGCUUGAUAAUCAAAAAGAAAACAACGGCACCUAGUGUUAAGAAAGCAUCAAUAUUUGGAGGAGAUUCAAGCGAUGAAGAGGAAAACUCCAAAGGCAAAGUGACAGUCAACACCAGCCUGCUCCGAGAAGGAGAGAAAAAGAAGCAGAUGAAGCAGACCCAGAUUGAGAUACAGAAAGCUCUCCAGCAGGACCCGACAGUGUAUGAAUAUGAUAGCAUUUAUGAUGACAUGGAAGAGAAGACAAAACACGCAGCCCCUUUUCUAGUUCAAAAGGACAAAAAGCCCAAGUACAUUGAGCAGUUAUUGAAGUCAGCAGCUUACAGAAAACGUGAAGAAGAGCGCAGGGUUGAACGACAAGUGCAGAAGGAGCGAGAGGCUGAGGGUGGGGAAUUCCAAGACAAGGAGGAGUUUGUCACUUCAGUUUAUCGUCAAAAGAUGUUGGAGCGGGCCGAAGAGGAAGAGAGGAUCAAACAACAAGAUGCUAUUGAUGCCAUGAAUGACGUGACUAAACGGACUGACAUGAGCAUGUUUUAUCGCAACCUCCUGAACAAAAAUGUAUCCAUGGGCGGAUCAUUUGCUGCAGACAGUGAAAAAACUGACGUAACAGACACUCGCAAGAAAGACAAAGAAAAGACAAAGGAGUCUUGUGAUAAAACGACUGAAAGGCCCGAUUCUGAAGAGUUCCACCUACAUCACCCAAGAGACCAUGAUAGGAAAGAUACUGGUUCACAUCGACAGCAGCAUAGUGAAUCAAAAAGAGUUGAGACCUUUCCAGGUUCAUCUCGACAUGAACAUUCUGGUAGUAGAAAAAGGGAGCACAUGGAAUCUCAUCGUCAUUCUAAGCACUCCCAUGGUCAAGACAAGGAUCAGAGAAAGGAAAGAAUUGAGGAUGAGCGCAGAUCUAAAGAUGGACACCAUGAUCUCGGGCACGAGGAUAAAAAAAGUACAAAACGUAGUGAGAAAGAAAAGCCUCAAGGUAAUGCACCGUGUUUUGAAAAACAUGGAGAAGAACACAAACACAAAGCAAGUGGUGAUGACCCUUUAUUAAACCCUGAAGUAUCAACAACUUCUCAGCCCUCACAACCACAGCCAUACACGGAGGGUGAAAAAAUAGCAAAACAUGAAAAGUGUGAGCAGAAACGUGAAGAAAACAUGAGUAAGUUUGCCAAGAGGAGUAAUACCGAGACUGUCAUGUCUGCUAGGGAGAGGUAUCUACAGAGAAAAAAGGCACGGAAACAACAUGUACACCCCGUCACUGAAUCUGAUGAAGAUUAAGGUAACUAGGAAAAAUAGUACAUGCCCGUCAGCGGAUUCUUUAUUAUUAAUAACUCCAUCUUGAAAUAAUGAAACAAUGAAAAAAGGAAACAGUAUAGUCAGCCUUGGUCCAGCAAUACCCUAUUCUGGCAAUUGCAUCUUUUAAAUUGUAUAUCUAUAUGCAAUAAAGAUGUCUAAAUAAAAUUGAUUUUACCCAAUAAACUAUUGAAUAUUCGUACACUAA